GUCACUCCCAGGAGAGGAUUUGCUUUGUGCUGGAAACUUACUAUCCUACCACCUCACUCACUCAUUCACUCAUUAAUUACCAGGCGCCGCCCCUGCCUUGAUCGCGGGCACUAAAUAGCUGAUCUCCGGUCCAUAACGAAGACCGCGCACCCUUCCACAUACCCCACGGCCCUCUUCGCAUGGUCGUCAAUUCAGUAGAGAGAUGCCGGCCAAAUCACGAUUUACGAGGUUAGAUGCGUUCGCCAAAACGGUCGAAGAUGCGCGCGUUCGAACCACGUCUGGAGGAGUCAUCACCAUAGCAUCGUUGCUGGUUAUAUUCUGGCUCGUAUGGGGAGAAUGGGUGGACUACAGGCGCGUGGUGGUUCUGCCCGAGUUGGUGGUUGAUAAGUCAAGAGGCGAGAAAAUGGAGAUUCAUCUGAACAUGACCUUCCCCCGACUCCCUUGCGAAAUGUUGACCCUCGAUGUUAUGGAUGUGUCAGGCGAGCAGCAGACGGGCGUGGCCCAUGGCAUCAACAAGGUGCGCCUGACUUCGGAGGCCGAAGGAGGUCGGGUGAUUGACGUGAAAGCUCUGGACCUCCAUUCUUCGACCGAGACCGCUAAGCACCUGGACCCCGAUUACUGCGGCGAAUGUGGUGGCGCACCCGCACCUGCCGGUGCCAUCAAGGCUGGCUGCUGCAACACCUGCGAAGAGGUCCGCGAAGCUUAUGCCCAAAAGCAAUGGGCCUUCGGCAAGGGAGAGAACAUCGAACAGUGUGAUCUUGAGGGGUAUGCGGAGCGCAUCGAUGCGCAGCGCCGCGAAGGCUGCCGCCUCGAGGGUGUCCUCCGCGUCAACAAGGUGAUUGGCAACUUCCACAUCGCGCCCGGGCGCAGCUUCACCAGUGGCAAUCUCCAUGUGCACGACCUCGCCACGUUCUUCGAGCCUAACCUGGCCGAGAAUGAGAAACACACCAUGACCCACGUGAUUCACCAGCUCCGAUUCGGACCUCAGCUGCCUGACGAGCUGUCAGAUCGCUGGCAAUGGACCGAUCACCAUCACACCAACCCCUUGGACAACACGAAACAGGAGACCAGCGAACCUGGCUACAACUUCAUGUACUUUGUCAAGGUGGUCUCGACCUCGUACCUCCCCUUGGGCUGGGAUCCGCUAUUCUCGUCCUCCAUCCACAGCGCCUAUGACAAAGCCCCUCUCGGAGCUCAUGGAAUUGCCUACGGAGCCGAGGGAAGCAUUGAGACCCACCAGUACUCAGUGACCUCCCACAAGCGGUCCCUGCGGGGCGGUGACGCCUCCGACGAAGGCCACAAGGAGCGACUCCACGCCGCCAACGGUAUCCCCGGCGUCUUCUUCAACUACGACAUCUCCCCGAUGAAGGUCAUCAACCGCGAAGCUCGCCCUAAGACCUUCACUGGAUUCUUGACUGGAGUCUGCGCCAUCGUCGGUGGUACUCUGACUGUGGCCGCUGCUAUCGACCGUGGGCUGUAUGAGGGCGUCAACAAGAUGAAGAAGCUUCAUUCGCAUUGAGGUUGUGCUCUGCUGCUAUAUUCAGCGGACCACGGGAGACGUAUACAAUAAAAGAUAGAAAAAGAGCAAAAAGACAAGAGACAUCGAAAAAUCCAAGGAAAACAAACAGCUGCGCAGGAGCAUCAGCAAGGCAGGGCACUCAGGCAGUCCAGGCGUUCUAGGUCCAUACACCAUGGUACACAUACUAUCAUAUCCAUUGGAAGUUUGUAUUAGCAUUUUUUGCAGAUGAAAUCAAUUGAGUUAUGUUGGGG